ACCCUCCAACCUUCUCAAACGAAACGUAAAACCCUCCAACCUUCUCAAAAGAAAAACCCUAGAGCGCCGAAAUUGAUUCUCAAAUCGUUCUCUGAAACAAACCUUCUCUGAAACGUUCAACCUAUUCUCGCAAUUUGGAUACAUAGGAACUAGAGGCUGUGGGCGUGGAAGAACUCGGAUGAAUUGGGGACUCUAUCGACAGCCCUAGCUUUGAGAGUUACAUCAGUGACACUAAGAAGUUACUUCUCCCUCGUGUUUUCUUCUGAUCCACUUUUCAUGUAGAGGUUAAGCAAGAAGCUGAUGAGGUUUACGCUUGAGUAGUUUUGCUUCCACAAUUAAGGUUGUAUUUUUCCUGUGUUCAAGUUUCACAUUUUGUAUCUUGAUCUUACUUUACAUCCUUAUAAAAUUUAACCUUUUUUAUCUUCAUCAUGGAUUUGGAACAACAGUUACCUGAGCACCCUUCGGUUCGAAAACAAGAAUUGCUUAAUAACUUGAACUUUCUUUCUAACCUUAAUUUCAUUUUUGUUAGUGCUUUUGUUAAUUUUCUUAUACAUGAUAAUUUCAAUAAAUUCUUUAAAACAAAUUACAUUUGCACUUAUAUUUUAAUGUGUUUAUUUCAUUUUCUGUUUAUUUCUCAAAUGCUUUUUACUAUAGAUGAGGCUUUAUCUUUUCCCGGAACACAUACUCGAAUUUUUGUUUUUAUGUUCUUCACAUGUACCAUAUCAUUGCUUAUGAUGCUUAUUAUAUGUUGGCAAUUGUGUGCAUUUGUUUUCAUUAUUUGGUUUCUGGCUGUUUUUUAUUUUGCACCUUUUGUUCGACGUAUUUCAGAAGUUCGUGAUGAUGUCGAACAAACUCAACCUCCUGAACACCACUCUGUUAGAAAGCGAAAAUUUUUAGCAAAUCUACUUCUUAUUUCAGUCCAAAAUGCAGUAACAUUAGGUUCUUUUGUUGCUUUGAAAAUAAUAAAUAAUAGUUUUUUGAAUGAUAAUAUGAUUGUAAUAUUUUUGAUGUUUGUAGGUUUUAAUUUACACCACACUUUAAUAAUUAUUUAUGAUAUCAACACAAUAAAUUUGCAAAAUGGAAUGUUGGAAAUAAUGGUUAUUAUGUUAUUGAACGAUGCUAUAUCGUUUUUCUUAGCAUAUUAUAUACAUUAUAUAUUGUGUAUUGCCAUUUCGGCCAUUAUAAUUAUUUCAAAAAUUAUGCUUUUUCCAUCAAAGAUAAAAAACUGGUGGCAGACGUGUGAAUGUUUUCCGCGUACAUGGAUAUCGAAGAUAAAGAAUUGGUGGCGGACCUGUGAAUGUUUUCCGUGUACAUGGAUAUCAAAGGUAAAGAACUGGUGGCGGACUAACAUUGUUAGGUCUGAAUCACUGUCAACUACACGUCAUGGAAUCCGUCGUAAUGUUAGGUCUCAAUCAGUGCCAACAAGAAUUCAUAGAGUUAUCCGCAGUAUCAUCCGUUCUCAUAGUACCUAGUACCCUACUUUGUCUCUUGAGUAUGAGGACCUUAUUUAUAUAAGGUUGUGGGUCCAUUUCUUUGAUGUGUAUAUUAUAUGGUCUCUAGAUUCACAAGUUUACAACUUCAUCAUCUGCACAUUGAUAUGGUGGUAUUAAGAGAGUUAACUUGCCUGAAAGGAACUUAAAUGACUUGGUUGAAGCACCAUCAUGAAUGCUAGCCAAUUUAGAGGCCAAUCAUACAUGUUUGUGUAUACAUACAUGUAUAAAGCAUGCUCGGUUAAUCAGCAGUUGGCGGGAAAUAUGGUAAACGGUCUUAGACACGACGUUUGAUCGGGGCUUUGGGCCUGACUCCUGAUAUUUGCAAGUUCCUACAGAUCUAUGCAGAUGUUAUUUGGGAACUGAAGUUUUACUGAAUUUCUAGUGACACUGAAGGCUUGGCAGAUGUAUUCAAGUUUUGAAUGAUUUGUUUUGACAGAGUUACUUAAAUUAUCACAAAUUAUUUUUAGGUUGAGAAUCUGAUCUUAAUACUCAAAAUAGUGAUGGAAAAUUUUCAAUACCAAAAACUUGUAAUGAACACCAUACUAUUUCUAUCUAUUCGAUCUUUACUUACAUUCAUUUAAACCUAUGUUUGGUUCUAC